CUUCUAUACUAUAUUCAUUUCUUUUCAGAUAGCCAUGGAUCCAACUCCAAAGUUGAAAACACUAGGGGCUUCACUAAAGGUGCCUUCUGUUCAAGAAUUGGCCAAGGAACCACACACCACAGUGCCACCUCGGUACGUGCGUCCCCAGAGUGAUCGAGCUCACUUGUCCGUAACAAUAUCAGUUGAUAAUACUACUUGCUUACCGGAAGUCCCGGUAAUCAGCAUGCAGAGGCUUCUUUGUGGAGAUAAUUUGGGGAACUCUUCAGAGCUUGAGAAACUUCGCCAUUCAUGCAAGGGUUGGGGUUUCUUUCAGGUAAUAGAUCAUGGAGUGAGCUCUUCAUUGGUAGAGAAGGUGAAAUUGGAGAUUCAAGAUUUCUUCAAUCUGCCAAUAGAAGAGAAGGACAAGCUUUGGCAACAACCAGAGGAUAUAGAAGGAUUUAAACAAGCCUUUGUUGGGUCCGAGGAACAGAAGCUUGAUUGGGCUGACCUCUUUUACAUGGUCACCCUUCCAACUCACUUGAGAAAACCUCAUUUAUUUCCCAAACUCCCUCUUCCAUUAUGCUGUGUUUGUAGUUGUGGUGAGCGUUAUGAAAUAUCAGAUAGAAGAUCAUUGGCCAGUUUAUCAUGGCCACACACAACUAGGCAGUGGGAAAUCUAUUGUCAUUUUGACUUCCAUGGUAUUUGGCAGAUGGUGACAAAUGGAAUAUACAAGAGCAUAGAGCACAGAGCAACAGUUAACUCCGAGAAAGAGAGACUCUCCGUCGCCACAUUUCUCGGUGCAAAUUUGGAACUAGAUGUGGGUCCGGCUCCCAGCCUCAUCACUUCUCAAACUCCUGCUAUAUUCCGGCGAGUUAAUGUUACCGAUUACUUGAAAGCUUUCCUUGCUUGUGAACUCCGGGGAAAGUCAUGUAUUGAUGUCAUGAGGAUUCAAAAUGAAGAAAAAUUUGAUAUAUGUGGUGUUUGUUUCUACCUGGGCUACUGUGCCUGUUGGUUUGGUGACGGUUAG